AGUUGCCGGACGGGCAACUCGAUUUGAUAUCCGAUGUACUUAUAGUGCCCUGGGAGUUAAUUACGCGAUCAGUGGCUUAAUUUUGAGAGUAUUGAAAUAUGAUGUCCUUGUUUAUAUCCGUGUGUGACUACGGGACAAAAAAAUACAUGAUGAUAGAGCCAUCAAUCAAUCGAGUAGUUGUUUUCUUUUCGACAAGGCGAUCCCCUUUAUUGCGUGCCUCUGUUUCCUUUUCUGUGUGUCAUGUGUCUCUUCACUUGCACGACACUGAUUGAUUUUCUGUAAAUUUCUCAAUUUUCUGAACGAGUUGAAUUUACGACCUUUUUUUUCUCCUCGACUACUGUGAACUGCUCAAUUUGUGCUGAAAUCAAACAUUAUUGUCAGGACAUCAACUUUGUUUUCCUGUUAUUUUUUUCAACUUUUUCCAGACAGUUUGAAUUUUCAGUCAACACUUGAGCCAGACAGGGACAUUCACGCCAGCAGAAGCAUAUAGUAUCGUGUUGCUCGGCCGGCCACCGCUCAAAUCCAAGGCCACCAUCGUUUCUUUCAAGCGGCGACCACCUCCAAGCUCCAACUUGCUCAGCCACUCUGAUCGCCGCCAAAUUAAUGAUGCCGCCGUCCAUCAAGAUCGUCGAGGCCACCUGCGUCGUGGCGCCGCCAGCGGCAGCUGGCGAGUCCUCCUCGCGGCCGCCGCUCAUCAAGCUAUCCGCGCUGGGCGCGCAGUGGCUCGUCGUCCCGCUCAUCCAGCGCGUGCUCAUCUUCGUCGACAACGGCGACGGUGAUCACCCACCCUUCGCGUCCAGGGUCGCUUCCCUCCGCGCGUCCCUGGCGUACACACUCGCGCGGUUGCCCCCGCUCGGCGGCAGGAUCGUCUUCCUGCCGUCCACCGGCGACGCCGCCAUCGACUGCUGCGCCUCCGACGGAGUCCGCUUCGUGGUCGCCGAGAGCGCGGACGCGGACGCCGCGAGGCUGGCCGGGGACGCCGACCACGACGUGGGCGCGUUCAAGCAGCUCGUCCCGGAGCUCGAGACGGGCGCGCUCCCGGCGGAGGUGCUCGCCGUGCAGGUGACGCGGCUCAAGGGCGGCGCCGCGGUCGGCGUGGCGAUGCACCACGCCGUGGUCGACGGCCGGUCCGUCUGGACGUUCCUGGAGGCGUGGGCGGCGGCUUGCCGCGGGGACGACGCCGACGCGUCGGCGACGCCAGUGUUCGAUUGCUCGGCGGUCGCGCUGCCCGGCGGCGAGGAGCUCGCGCGGAGCACGCUGCGCAAGUACACGCCCGAUCUGCCACUGGUGGCGCGAACGGAAUGGCCCUUCAUCCAGAAUCUCCCCCGCCGGACCUUCGCCGUGACCGCGCAACAAAUGCGCGAUCUGAAGCAGCGCAUCGUCACUGACCUGAGCACUCCCUCAUCGGCGCAGACCGCCGCCGCGCCGCCAUCAUCUAGCUUCGUGGCCGUGGCGGCGCUCACGUGGGCGUCUUUCGUCCGGUCCAAGCACCCGUCCACCAUCUCCCCCGACGACGACGUCUACCUCUUCGUCUACGUCGACUGCCGGGGCCGCCGCAGCAUCGGCAUGGACCCGCCGGUGAGCGAGAGCUACUUCGGGGCGUGCAUCACGGGGUGCAUCGCCAAGGCCACGGCCCGGGACGUCCUGGCCGACGACGGCGUCUCCGCCGCCGCCGCGGCCGUGCAGGCGGAGGUCCGGCGGGCGGCGGAGGACCCGCUGGCCAUGUGGGACUGGCUGGGGGUGGCGCUGGCGUUGCCAUUGGAAAGGCUGGUGAGCAUGAACGGGUCGACGCGGUUCCCGGCGUAUGAGGCGACUGACUUCGGGUGGGGGAAGCCCAGCAGGACGGAGCUCGUCACCAUGAACCGGAGCGGCCAAGUGGUGCUCGUCGCUGCCAAGGGCGGCGGCUUGCAGGCGUCCGUGUGCAUGGAACCGGAGCACAUGGACGCGUUCAGCUCGCAUUUUCUUAAUAGAGCCAUCUUUUCCUCGUACAGCCGAACCCUGCUCUCCUCGACACGCACGGCCAUGCCGUCGUCCACCAAGAUCCUCGAGGUCCACCGCGUCGUGGUGCCGCCCGCAACGGGCGAGUCCCCGCCGCCGCCGCUCCUCAAGCUAUCCGCGCUGGACGCGCCGUGGCUCCUCGUCCCGCUCAUCCAGCGCCUGCUCCUCUUCGUCGACUCCGACGCCGGCCAGGACAAGCUCCCGCCGUUCGCGUCCCUGGCGGCCACGCUCGCGCGGUUCCCGCCGCUCGCCGGGCGGAUCGUGCACCUGCCGGACACCGGCGACGCCGCCAUCGACUGCUCCUCCGAGGAAGCUCUGGACCGAGGAGUGCGCUUCGUGGUCACCGAGUGCCUGGGCUCGGACGCGGCGACGCUGGCCGGGGACGCCGACCACGACGUGGCCGCGUUCAAGCGGCUCGUCCCGGAGCUCGAGACGGGCGCGCUCCCGGCGGAGGCCAUGGCCGUGCAGGUCACGCGGCUCAAAGGCGGCGUCGCGGUCGGCGUGGCGAUGCACCACGCCGUGGUCGACGGCCGCUCCGUCUGGACGUUCCUCGAGGCCUGGGCCGCGGCUUGCCGCGGGGACGGCGCCGCCGUGGGGACGAAUUUACCGGUGUUCGACCGCGCGGCGAUGGCGCUCCCCGGCGGCGAGGAGCUCGCCCGGAGCACGCUCCGCAAGUACACGCCAGAUCUCCCAGCGAAAACUUCAAGAACUGAGAGACCCGGCAAAUUCAAGGUUUGGCUGAGUACUUCCAUCAUGUGGUUGGUUCCAGAAUGCAAAUUCAAGCCGGGCCCGAUGCUUGGGUUUGAGCCUUUGAUUUUAUUUCAAAAAUUAUGUUUAGGAUCAGGGUUUCACGGCCCAAUUAAGAACGGCCCUUUUAUUUUUCCUACUAACAUUCUUCUCCGACGCUCCCGGGCCGUACGCAUGCAGGUGGUGCAGUGGCCCCUCACCCGGAUCCUCCCCCGCCGGACCUUCACCGUAACCGCGCACCACAUGCUACGCCUGAAGCAUCGGAUCACCGCGCUCACGAGCUCGUCGUCGACUGCGGCACCAUCCAGCUUCGCGUCCAUCGCCGCGCUCGCCUGGGUGUCCUUCGUCCGGUCCAAGCACCCGGCCACUAUCUCCGCCGACCACGACGUAUACCUCUUCGUCUACAUCGACUGCCGUGGGCGGCGCGCCAUCGAGCCGCCGGUGAGCGAGGACUACUUUGGGACGUGCAUCACCGGGUGCCUCAUCAGGGAAGAGGCACGGGACCUCCUCGAUGAUAAGGACGGCGCGGGGAUCGCCGCGGCCGCGACGGCGGUGCGGGAGGGGGUCCGGCGGGCGACGGAGGACCCACUCGCGUCGUGGGACUGGAUGUCACUGGCGUCGUCGUCGUUGCCCCAAGACCGGGUGGUGAGCAUGAACGGGUCGACGCGGUUCUCGGCAUACGAGGCGACCGACUUCGGGUGGGGAGCGCCGUGCAGGACGGAGCUGGUCACCAUGAACCACGGCGGGCAGGUGGUGCUCGUCGCGGCCAAGGGCGGCAGCGGCGGCGUGCAGGCGUCCGUGUGCAUGGAACCGGAGCACAUGGACGCGUUCAGCUCGCAUUUUCUCAACUCCCUGGAUUGAUUUGAUUUGCGUGAACGAUUCCAUAGACAUUUGUAUCUGAAAAGAUCGUAUCUUCAGUGGAAAACAUCGUCUCGAAAAUAUUUUCUUGACACAAUUCCGUACUUCAGCCCAAGUAUACAUGUUAACGAUGGGCACUUACUGCCCCGGCCCGGCCCAGUAAGGUCCACUGGCCUAAUAGGCCUAUUGACACAAACGGAGAGGGAAAAAAUGUCCGUCAAUGGCGCCCACGAGGCCUGUUAAUACGAUAUGAGAGGAAUUGCUCAAAUGUUCGCCGAGCA